AUGAGUUUAAGUUAAGCAGGGCGUUAGGCUAUAAAUCCAAUUACAGGAGAAUCUCGAUUUUAACCUCAGGAAUAUCGUCGUUCUUAAGAAGUCAAGAAUGAACCUACGAGGACAGCUGAAUCAAGGAGAAAUUUUGUUAAUACUUCAGUGCCUGUUGAAAAUUAGGAACAAAGUCACUUUUAAAUGGAUAGGGUUGCUCAAUUAUAGGAUUAAGUGUAAAUGCUGGAAAAGUAACUUACUUAGGAAGUCAAGCGAAAUUCAAAAAUGUUAGUUGAGUUGGAAAGAGAAGUAAGGACAAGAGGAUAGAUUGGGGAUCCAAACCAAAUGUUUGAGGACUUGUAGAAUAAGAUGUAUUCACUGGAAACGAAGAUUAUAGCUUAGGAUAGGCAAAAGAGUGAAUUGGGUUCUAAAGUGGCUAUAUAGGAGCAGAAUAUAAAGGAGUUGUUGUACUUUUUGAAGAACACUUAGAAUAAAGAUACUAACGAAGUAUUGCAGAUGAGAGGAAUGUUGCAAGAAAAGAUAACUGAAGAAAGUUCACAUCUGUAGAAGGAGAGAGAGAAGACGAAAGCCUUAUUUAUGGAGAUGGUUAGAUUGGGAGAAUUGUAGGAAAAAUUGCAGGAAUCACUUUCUACUUCUCAUCAGCAUUUUGAGUAGAGAAUUAAUGGGAUGGAAAGCAAGAUAUAUAAUGGGGAAAAAGCCUUGAUUCAAGUAGCAUAGAGAGGAGAUUCAGGAAUGAAUUUCAUUAAUGAGACUAACGAAAGAGUAAAGAAGAGAGUGAUGGCAUUGGAGGCCAAUUUAUUAGCACUAGGGAAAGAUUAAUUAAAAGAUCAUGAACAGAUCAAUAGAGUUGAUAUGGCCAAUUAGAGAAUAUAGGAAGGAGUUCAAGGGAAUGAUUAUACUCAAAGAUUAGAUACUCGAGUAACUGAGGUUAUCAAUAGAAUUGUUAUGGAACAUGAGCAGAGAGUCAAAACUAUGGAAGAAAUGAAAUAAUCAUGGAGUUUGAAGGAUUAGAUUAAUAUGGAGAGAUUAUAAUAUGAGAGGGAAGAGGUUGUUUAAAAAUUAGGAUCAUUAGAGUAAUUUCAACGAAUUGAUUCAUAAAAGAAGGAUGAAGCCAUUCGUUCAUUGUAGACUAUUAUUGAGACUUAAGUGAAUUAAAUUCUAGUAAAUAUUUAAAAUGAAGAAGCCCAAAGAUAUUCACAUGAAGUUUAAUUAAGAGGCGAUUUAUUAAAAAUAUAAGAGAAUAUCAAAUCGGAGAAUGAAUUAUUCAAAACACAUUAAGCUAAUAUUACUGAGAAGAUUACUGAUAUGAUAAGAAUUGAAGUGCAAACAAGAUUGUCAACUGAUACUGAAUUGAAGAACCUUACAUCUGCAAUUGCAACUGAUAUCGUUUCCGAUUUGAAUAGUUUAAAAGAUUAGAUAGAAAUGGCUAAUAGGGCAUUGCAAACAUAAGUUAAAUAAUUGGAGAAAGAUUAAGCAGAAAAAGCAGAAAGACUAUCGUUGUAUAUUGAUGAUGAAAUAAAUAAAGCAAUUAAGACAUCUGCUUAGAAGUAUGAAAAAGUGAAGGUGAUAUUUUCCAAAUUUGGGGAAUCCUUUAAACAACAUAUAACAGCCUUUGAAGGGUUGAAAUAGGAUCUGAAUUCUCGGUAGACCAUCAUUGAAUAGAAUAUUGAUAUGAUUAGAUAGGACUUUUAGACUGUGAUAGAGGAUCAAUAGUCACACUUGUUGGAACGAAUAUCAAUUGAAAAAAAUCAAAUCUUAGAGGCUGUGAAUGCUACUGUCUAAUUUUUGGAAGAUAAAGUCAAUAAGUUAGAUGAAGAUUGCUCAAACAAAUUCAGGAUAUUUAGAGAGGUUAUUGAAGAAAAUCAAUAAGUGGUUGUUGAAAAAACUAAACUUAUUCUUGAAUAGAAUGAGUCUUAUUAAUAGACUCAAAUGAAAGGAUUAAAGUUGAUGGCUGAAAGCAUUCAGGAAUCAUAAUAGCAAAUGAUCAAGGAAGACCAUCAGAAUCAAAUCAAGGAAGUCAAUUAGGCUGUUGAAAAUACUAGAUAAGAUGUUCAGCAAACUAAUACUAAUAUCAAAGAGAUGAAUGAAAUUUAGAUUUAACACAAAAGUAUUUUGGAUGAAAAUCAAACUGAUAUUGAAAUACUGAAGAAGGAGAAUGAAACUAUCAUGAUCAAAUAACAAGAUAUCGAUAAGAAUGUUGAGUUAUUAAAUGCAGAACAGAAGAAGAUUCAUAAUAGUUUUUAGAUAAUCACUCAAAGUGUUGAAUCAGUGAAUGAGAAGACUUUAACCAUUGGGGAACGAGUGGAUGCUCUCAAUACUAAUUUUCAACAGUUGUAAGAGGAACUUAGACAGAUUGAUUAAAAGAAUUCGAAAUUAGAAGGGGACUUGGAGGAUUCAAAUCUCAAAGUUAGCAAUGAAAUCAAGAGUAUGGAGACUAGAUUGGAGGAUUCAUAGAAGACGAUUAGUGCGAUUUAGGAUGCUGCAAGACAAAAUGACGAUCUUGAUAAAAAAUAAAAUCUAGAAAUUGAUGAAUUAUAGUCAUCAGUCAAAAAUCUACAAGAUAGACUUAAGUAAUUGGCUCAAUUACCCGCUUGA